AUGAGAUGUUUAGCUUGGAACUGCCGUGGGCUUGGGAACCCACAAACAGUUCGAGCUCUUCAGAAAAUCCUGAAGAGAGAAAACCCCGAGGUGGUUUUCUUGAUGGAAACCAUCUCCAAUAAUGUUAUGAUGGAUAGAAUAAGAAGACAGUGCAAAAUACAAGGAAUGUUUAAUGUAGCUGCAAAGGAAAGUAGUGGUGGAAUUGUAAUAUAUGGAUGCAUUAGAUGCGGGAGGAAAGCUUGGAGAUUGACAAGUUUCUACGGAAAGCCAGCUACCAGGAAUAGGAAAGCCACUUGGGAUUUACUAAGGACUCUUGGGGAGCAAAAUGGGGGUGCAUGGUUAUCAGGGAUCGAGUUGCACAUGGCAAAGAGGGAGAACGGAAUCAAACUGUGUUCGAGAACGGUCACAUCCUAUAAUGGUGGACAUAAGAGGGAUAAAGCAAAAAAGGCAACAGUUUGUGUAAAAAUACAAGAAGGUUCUUCGAGGCCGCGUGGGGAGGACAAUUCCUUACGGCACAAGGUUGAACACGUGCUGGAUAAUUUAAAAAAGUGGAGGAAAAAAAAGGCCUAUAAGCUUGGCAUAAGGAUUGAGAAGCUUUAUGAUGGCUUAAGAGCGGAGGCAGUAUACUGGAAACAACGGGCACACAUUGACUGGCUUAGGGAAGGCAACAAAAACACAAGGUUCUUUCAUAGUCAGGCUUCUGAAAGGAGGAGAAAAAAUAGAGUAAAUGGUAUGGAAGAUAAGGCGGGGAAGUGGCUUGAAGAUGACUUGCAAAUCUCAAGGCAUGCAGCAGAUUAUUUCAAAUGA